AUGGUGUACCAGGGCAGUCACCUUCUCUCGAUGAAGGCCAUCGGCGAUGGCCACGGCGAGAACUCAUCGUACUUCGACGGAUGGAAGGCCUACGACAUGAACCCGUUCGACCCGCGGCACAACCGUGGCGGUGUCAUCCAGAUGGGUCUCGCCGAGAACCAGCUUUCUCUGGACCUGAUCGAGGAAUGGAGCAAGAACCACCCUGAGGCAUCCAUUUGCACACCGGCGGGCGCUUCGCAGUUCAAGAGGAUCGCUAAUUUCCAGGACUACCACGGCCUUCCGGAAUUCAGAAAGGCGAUGGCCCAGUUUAUGGGGCAGGUGAGGGGAGGGAAGGCAAUGUUUGACCCCGACCGUGUCGUCAUGAGCGGCGGCGCCACCGGCGCGCAGGAGACGCUCGCCUUCUGCCUCGCCAACCCCGGCGAGGCCUUCCUCGUGCCCUCGCCAUACUACCCAGCUUUCGACCGCGACUGUUGCUGGAGGUCAGGAAUCAAGCUUCUGCCGAUCGAGUGCCACAGCUUCAACGACUUCAGGCUCACCAAGGAGGCCCUCGUGGCGGCAUACAAUGGCGCACGGAGGCAGGGCAUCUGCGUCAAGGGCAUCCUCAUCACCAACCCGUCCAACCCGCUGGGUACCAUCACCGACCGCGGCACGCUGGCCAUGCUCGCCGCCUUCGCCACCGAGCACCGCAUCCACCUCGUCUGCGACGAGAUCUACGCGGGGUCGGUGUUCGCCAAGCCGGAGUACGUGAGCAUCGCCGAGGUCAUCGAGCGCGACGCCCCCCGGUGCGACAGGGACCUGAUCCACAUCGUGUACAGCCUCUCCAAGGACUUCGGCCUCCCGGGCUUCCGCGUCGGCAUCAUCUACUCGUACAACGACGCCGUCGUGGCGACCGCGCGCAGGAUGUCCAGCUUCGGGCUCGUCUCCUCGCAGACGCAGUACUUCCUCGCCAGGAUGCUCUCGGACGAGGAGUUCAUCGGCCGCUUCCUCAGGGAGAGCGCGCGGCGGCUGGCGGCGCGGCACGAGCGGUUCACCACGGGCCUCCGCGAGGUCGGCAUCAGCUGCCUGCGCGGCAACGCGGGCCUGUUCUCGUGGAUGGACCUGCGGCACAUGCUCCGGGAGAAGACGACGGAGGGGGAGGUGGAGCUGUGGCGGGUGAUCAUACACAAGGUGAAGCUGAACGUGUCGCCCGGCGCGUCGUUCCACUGCCGGGAGCCCGGGUGGUUCCGCGUCUGCCACGCCAACAUGGACGACGAGACCAUGGAGGUCGCGCUCGGCCGGAUCCGCGCCUUCGUGCGCCAGCACCGGCAGCGCAAGGUCAAGGCCUGGGCCGCCAAUGAGCAGCUCCGCCUCAGCCUGCCGCUCCGCGCGUCCACGUACCUCGCGCUCUCCAGCCCGAUGGCGCUCCUCUCGCCGCAGUCCCCAAUGGUUCACGCCGCCAGCUAAUUCCGUGCGUGACGUACGUACAUAAUUCGUACGUGCAAUUAUCCUUCCCUUUUUUUUUCGAUCGCACGUACGGUUGCACGACGGCACAUGGCCUGGCAUGUUUUUCCAUGGCUAGUACGUCUGUGUGGAUAUGUGUGAUCGUUGUGGAAAGGCUACACGUGCAUCACAUAGCUAGGCUUGACAUUUUAGAGACGUGCCGUGCCGUCUAGGCAUCGGAUGUACAUCAGUACAUGGGUAAGUAGAGUCUGAUUAUGUAUAUUGGUUUCGUGAGGAAUAAUGAUCCGAUUAAGGUCCCAUCGGUUCUUGUAUACUGUAAACAUGUAAAAUAAGGUUUAGGGUCGAAUGGAUCCGGAUCGAAUCUGUACUAUACAACACACGUAAAAGUGUGGUACAACUAAA